CUUCAAUUUCGUGCUGUGACGACCCAAUAAAGUUACACUGUGAUGACCUACAAGUGCGGCGCCACCUCCGCAUUUUGGCGAUACUGCUAAAUCGAUGACUGGAUUUCCGUGUUCACACGGCUUCAAAUUUCGACUUGCACAUUUGGUUGUCUUCAACUGUGUCUAUAAUUUCUACUUGUGAUCGCCUAAUUAUUUGAUGCAUCUAACAACUUCAGGUGUCCAUUUAUUUUGAAAAUGAAUAUUUUCACAAACUUUUUUAUUAUUUUCCUCUAUCUAUUCUUCGAUGUUGUAACUGUGAGUUUAAUUCUCCCAUGGUUGCCUUCUCUCUUAGAGACAUAUGAACUUGAACAAGAAUGGUUUUAUAUUUUGUGUAAACAAUGGAUUCAUAAACUUGGUUUAUCGCUGGGAUUUCAAGAAGAUUCUGCUUGGGAUACAGUUUUCCUCGGAGGUCUCUUAUCAUCAGCGUCAUCUUUAGCACAGUUCCUUUCAUCACCCUUGGCUGGUGCGCUAUCGGACCUUUUUGGCAGGAAGUCAAUCUUAGUAGUCCUUCAGCUUACUCUUCUGAUUGUCAAUAUUAUAUGGUCAUAUUUUGGUAAAUCAUUUUUAUGGUUACUGAUAUCUCGCAUAUUAUGUGGUGCUGCACGAGCAAAUGUUGCUGUCGUUUCAGCAUUUGUUGGUGAUAUUAGCAGUAAUACAUUACGUACCAAAGGAAUGGCAGUUAUUGGAUUGGCUUAUGGUAUUGGAUUUACUGUUGGACCUCCAUGUUCAGUUAUUUUACUUAAUCAAUGGAAUACAAAUGUUACACCAGAACACCUGAGUUUCAUCCUUGGCUGUACAUGUGUAUUUAUCAAUUGUAUAAACUUACUACUUUUGCUUUCUUUUCUACCAACUACGCUACCAAAGCAAGGAAAUUUUGGCCAGUCGCUAAUUCAAGCAUUUCAUCUAAUUAAUCCAAUGAAAUUAUUCUCAUUCUCUGGUACAACAAAGAAUUCUAAAGAUGACAAAUCUCUGCAUCAUUUAGCAUGUUUUUGGUUCGCUUAUUUGUGUAUAUUCUGUGGUAUAGAGUAUACAAUAAUAUUUUUGGCUAGAAUUCGAUUUGAUUUUACAAGUGUAGAUCAAGGUAAAAUGUUUGGUUUUAUUGGUAUACUGAUGAUGAUUGUUCAAGGCGGAUUCAUUCGUCGUUUUAAACUUGGUGGAGAGGAUAAGGCGAUUAUAUGGAUAACAGUUACCGUUUACCAUUGAUAAAACGUCGAUAAUUCGUCUGAAUUCUGUUAAGACAAGAUGUAAUCAAUGUUUUUCAACGUGUAAACUUAGUAUGAACCCGUUUUCUUGUUUUGACAUAUCGAAUAAUGACUUGCUGGUUUAACAAUUUCAUACUAGAUGAGGAGCAUACAAACAAAAAGACUAAGUACACAUUUUUAACCUGACUGAUCGAUCCUUAGUAUUUUAACUUCUAUUUAAAGAAGUAUAGCAUAGACUUCUGAGCGAAACAUCCUAAUUAUUUUAUUGCACAUACUUUGAAAUUUAUACUAGUAUCGCUUAUUUUCAAGGUCAACUUUUCAUUUGGCCUUCAAUGCUUAGAAUACUAUUCGUUAAACUCCUGAUAGUAUUUUAUAGUAGGUAUUCCGGUAUCAAUCAUCAAAGUGCAUGCGUCUCCUUAAUUUUGUCCAAUUUAGUGACUAUCAGUGUUCUGUAAAAACACAUUUGAAUUUUGAGGGAGUUGUGGGAUUUAGAAAUAUUUCAAGUUGUUAUUC